GUGAUUAGGUUUGGGAGUGACAGCCACCGCCUGGAGGCGCCAGAAAGACUGCUGUGGGGGGAGGGAGGGGGUCUGCAGACAACCACGGCCGGGCAGGAAGUCAGGCCCAGGACCUAGAGAUAGCCUAGGAGGUGCUCCCGUCAGGGCUGGGAGGAGCCCACGAGUUGCCUAGAGAUCUGGGCGAACGGCCCGCUGACUGUCGGAGAAGAUGCCGUACCUGGGCUCCGAGGACGUGGUGAAGGAGCUGAAGAAGGCUCUGUGUAACCCGCACGUGCAGGCCGACAGGCUGCGCUACCGGAAUGUCAUCCAGCGCGUGAUUAGGCAUAUGACUCAGGGAUUGGACAUGUCUGGUGUUUUCAUGGAAAUGGUGAAGGCCAGUGCCACUGUAGAUAUUGUUCAGAAGAAGUUGGUUUACCUGUAUAUGUGCACAUAUGCUCCCCUGAAACCAGAUCUAGCUCUACUGGCUAUCAAUACACUAUGUAAAGACUGUUCAGAUCCUAACCCUAUGGUUCGAGGACUUGCACUACGGAGUAUGUGUAACCUCAGGAUGCCUGGUGUACAAGAAUAUGUCCAACAGCCUAUUCUCAAUGGUCUGCGGGAUAAAGCUUCAUAUGUCAGGAGAGUAGCAGUCCUUGGUUGUGCCAAGAUGCAUAAUCUUCAUGAAGAUUCUGAAGUGGAUGGUGCCCUGGUAAAUGAAUUAUACGGUUUGCUUCGUGAUCAGGAUCCAAUUGUGGUUGUGAAUUGCCUGAGGUCUCUAGAGGAAAUUCUGAAGCAGGAAGGAGGUGUUGUUAUCAAUAAGCCUAUCGCUCACCAUCUCUUAAAUAGAAUGUCAAAUCUGGACCAGUGGGGCCAGGCUGAAGUAUUAAACUUCCUGCUACGCUACCAACCCCGCAGUGAAGAGGAGCUCUUUGAUAUUCUCAAUCUCUUGGACACUUUUCUCAAGAGCAGUAGCCCAGGUGUGGUGAUGGGAGCCACCAAACUCUUUCUGAUCUUGGCAAAGAAUUUCCCCCAUGUACAAACUGACGUGCUGCUGCGAGUCAAGGGACCCUUACUGGCUGCCUGUUCUUCAGAGAGUCGUGAGCUUUGUUUUGCUGCUCUCUGUCAUGUGCGCCAGAUUUUGCACAGUUUGCCAGGUCAUUUUAGCAGUCACUACAAAAAAUUUUUUUGCUCCUACUCGGAGCCCCACUACAUCAAACUACAAAAAGUAGAAGUGCUCUGUGAACUGGUGAAUGAUGAGAAUGUACAGCAGGUACUAGAAGAGCUUCGAGGGUACUGCACUGAUGUGUCUGCUGACUUUGCACAGGCCGCCAUCUUUGCCAUAGGUGGCAUUGCCAGGACCUACACAGAUCAGUGUGUACAGAUACUAACAGAGUUGCUGGGGCUCCGACAAGAGCAUAUUACCACAGUGGUGGUGCAAACUCUCCGGGACCUGGUUUGGUUGUGUCCUCAGUGUACAGAAGCUGUGUGUCAGGCUCUGCCCGGCUGUGAGGAGAGCAUUCAGGAUAGUGAGGGGAAGCAAGCAUUUAUUUGGCUACUUGGUGUCCAUGGAGAAAAAAUUCCCAAUGCUCCAUAUGUGUUAGAAGACUUUGUGGACAGUGUGAAAUCAGAGACAUUUCCAGCUGUUAAAAUGGAGCUACUCACUGCAUUACUGCGCCUUUUCCUCUCCCGACCUGCUGAGUGUCAGGACAUGCUAGGGUGUUUGUUACAUUACUGCAUAGAGGAAGAAAAGGACAUGGCAGUCCGGGACCGAGCUCUCUUCUACUAUCGCCUCCUCUUAGCUGGCAUUGAUGAAGUUAAACGGAUCCUGUGUAGCCCUAAAUCUGACCCUUCUCUAGGACUUUUGGAAGAUCAGGCUGAAAGAUCUGUGAACAGCUGGGCCUCAGACUUCAACACUCUGGUGCCAGUAUAUGGCAAAACCCACUGGGCAAACAUCUCUAAAUGCCAUGUGGCAGAGCAUCAUGGCCCAAAAUGUUACAGCUCUGCAUCCUUUGCCAUAUCAGGAACCUUGAUUCCUGAAGAAAACAAGGAGAGGGUACAAGAACUCACUGAUUCUGGAGCCCUUGUGCUAGUACCUAAUCGCCUACUUACUGCUGAGUAUUUUGAGAAAACUUGGCUUAGCCUGGAAGUUGCUCAUCAGCAGGUGUUCCCUUGGCAGGGAGCAAUUCAUCCUGACACCCUCCAGAUGGCCCUGCAAGUAGUGAACAUUCAGACCAUUGCAAUGAGCAGGAGCAGGUCCAGGGCCCAGCCAUGGAAAGCUUACCUCAGUGCUCAAGAUGACACAGGCUGCCUGUUCUUAACAGAACUGCUGUUGGAGCCAGAGAGCUUGGAAAUGCAGAUCUCUGUGAAGCAGAGUGAGGCAAGGACUAAGACACUGAACAGUUUCAUGUCUGUGCUAGAAACUGUGAUUGGAACAAUUGGAGACAUAAAGUCAUAAUAGAUUUAUUGCUGCCUCUUCCGAAUGAUAUGAACAGCUAUCAGAGUUCCUUAGUUUUUUUUCUUACUAGAACUGCUUAAGUCCAGAUACUAUCAAAAACAAAGGAAAAUGGGAAAACUAGGAAUCAGGAGUCUUAUGUUUUCAUUUAAGGAUUAUUGACUUAUUCCUCUCAUACCUACUUGUAAAUGACCUCAGAUUUCCAGGCCAUGCUGUAAAGGUUGACGUUGAUAAGAGAAUGGGGAUGGAAUGAAGAUAGGAUUUGGACUGAUUUACUAAUUAAAGAUGUCUGAUAUGGCUAGAAA